AUGGAAAACUCAUCACAUUCACCACAUUUCUAUAAUAAGACCCUUCAAGCCCCUAAUUGUGACAUUGGUAUGGACGGAUUAUACGAUGGACUGUAUGGGGCACAGAACGAACUCAAAAGCUCAUGCUCUUUGGAUGAUAUAGCAUUAUCUAAGGAAUCCCGAGUACCAUUAUCCGAGAACUAUUCUUCAACUCAACAAUACUCUUACCCAGGUCUCCAUUGUCCAGCGAGAUUAGACUGGCAUCAGAUUGGCCAACCUCUGGAUCUCUGGAGUAAGAAUAAUUUCGCCAAAGAUGCAUGGCUUAAAACACGCCGUGUACUUGCAAUCAGUGACUCGGAUGAAGACACAGAGUCACCCGAAGAUGAAAGAGUCACACUCCAGAAAGAAAUCUCUGAACUCACGACUGAGAACGACGAAUUGCUCGCUUCGUUGGAUUUGUUGCAAGCUCAAGGGUCAACUCCUUUACCAACAACUCCAACGAACUCCUCACAGCCAUUCGACAUCACCUACACGAUUCCUGAAAGUGAAAGUGAAAGUGAAAGUCCAAGCUCGUCAUCAACAGCAACCUGCGUACUUCGAUCCCCGCCAGGAUCAAUCGCUACCCCCUCUCCGCUCCCCGAACUCUACCGAGCCGUAUCCAACACCCUUCAAAACAGUGCAAUGGCAGCUCGAAAACAAAAUCAAGCCUACCUCGUGCUACACGCCGCGAUACCAGUCGCAGCAAUAUCCCUCGCAACAACUACUGUCACAGGUAUUUACACGACACUUGAAGAGGCCAACGGAUUCGUCGAGAGGAUCGCCGAGGAAACUUGUCGAGAUGUGCCCGAGGAACAUUUGACGUUGAUGGUGGAGGAGGAUGGCGGGUAUGCCUUUGAUAUCUUUGAUAUGGAGAAACAUAUGUUGCACCGGGUACAUAUUGAGAAACAGGUGAUUCGGGGAGCGUGGAGUGAUGAGGCGGACUUUGAGAAGACGGGGGUGAUGAGGAGGGAUCAGGAGGAAGAGAGGGAGAUCUUUCUUGAUAUGGCAAAGCUGUCUUUGUGA